CCACCAAUGACUUAAGAAAAUUCACAUCAUGGGCUUUCUCCGGCGACUCUUCGGCGGCAAAAAGCACCACAACCCGGUAACCACAAACGGGUCGGAUCCCAAACCGGGCAAAGAUAAGAGAACAUGGAGCUUCGUGAAACACACCACACGAGACAAGUCUCACGCAUUACCCUCUGCUAACACCAACUUUGACCCCUCCACUUCUUCUGUUCCUUUCACCGACUCCUUGGACGCCAAUAAGCAUGCCAUCGCCGUCGCCGCUGCCACCGCCGCCGUCGCCGAGGCUGCUCUCGCCGCCGCUCACGCCGCAGCCGAGGUCGUCAGGCUAACCAGCAGCACCGGUAGUGCCACCGCCAGGCCCCACACGGCGGCGCAACCCCGGCGAUUGGCGGAGGAAACCGCCGCCGCCGUGAAGAUUCAGUCGGCGUUCCGAGGUUACUUGGCAAGGAGGGCAUUGAGAGCACUAAAAGCAUUGGUGAAGUUGCAAGCAUUGGUGAGGGGUCACAUUGUAAGAAAGCAAACUGCGGAUAUGCUGAGGCGCAUGCAAACAUUGGUGCGACUGCAGUCGAGGGCACGUGCAAGUCGUGUGAUCCUGUCAGAUAAUAAUAUGCAUUCUUUCAAGUCUUCACUUUCUCAUUACCCUGUCCCUGAAGAUUAUGAGCACCCCUUUCGUGCCUAUAGUACCAAAUUUGAUGGAUCUUCUAUACUCAAGAGAUGUAGUUCCAAUGCAAAUUUUAGGGACAUUGACUUGGAGAGAACCAGGUUUGGUUCCAAUUGGUUUGAAGGUUGGAUGGAAGAAAGUGCAUGGAGCCAAACUAGAGAAGCUUCAUUGAGAAAUGGACAAACUGAUGAUGAUAAGAGUGACAAGAUUCUUGAAGUAGAUACUUGGAAGCCACACUUGAACACACACCAUAGUAGUAGCUCACAUCAUUAUUUGUCUUGUGAUUACAACAAUGAGAGUUUUGUGGCGUAUGAGUCUCCAUCAAAACGUUCUUCAAGAGCUCUAAAUCCAAGUCUCUCUUCAAGGGAGGUUUUACCGUUAGGUUCUCUCAAGUUCCACAAAGGAAAAGAAGCAGCAGCUUCAAGAACAUCUGAGAAUAGUCCUCAACCAUUUUCUGCUUCUUCUAGGCUUGGAAGUGGUACAAGGAGAGGUCCGUUUACACCCACUAAGAGUGAGUGUUCAUGGGGUUUCUUCAGUGGCUACACGGGUCAUCCCAAUUACAUGGCAAAUACUGAAUCUUCCAGAGCUAAGGUUAGGUCACAUAGUGCUCCAAGGCAAAGGGUGGAGUAUGAGAGAUAUGGUGCCACUAGAAGGUCUCUUCAGGGUUUUUGGGAUGCAGGGCCUAGUGCAGAUAGGGAUGCUGAUUUUAGGAACAAGGCCUAUUCAAGCACAUGCAGCUUGGACAGAAUUGAAAGUGCAAAUUUAAGGUGACAUCACAAGUUUUGUGAAUGAAGACGAUUCCUCCCCAAAAAAAAAAAGAAAACGAAAAAUAGAAGCGACAUUAGUUUGUUUUGCUUGGGUUUUGUGUAUGAAAGCAGUUUUAGGAUGUAAGUAUUUGACCUGUACUCUUAUAGUCUUUAUGUCCACACGAUCAUA